CUCGAACACAGCUGAGGGGAUCUAUUGAGGAUAGCACACCGGUAUUCCCAUCGUUCUUAUUUGUCGAUACUCUUUGUAUCCUUGCUUUUCAGUCUCUUUUCUGUCGCGUCUCCCAGGGCUCAGACCUCCUUCUCUCUGGACUCGAACUCUGCAUUAUGCCUACGUCAAUCUUUCCCAACGAACCGCUGCCCUGUUCCCCGUCUUGUCGAUGAAAGCAAGCUUUGCCUGGUCAUCUUGCAGCGAACCACCCGCAACAAAGCGCAUCAUAACAGUCCCAUUGACGGUACCAUCGACGGGGGAAAGAGCCGAGCUCUGUGGGUGUUACACUAGAAAGCGGGGUGCAUCUCAACCAAAGCACCAAACAUCUGAAAGCCACGGAACCGAGGAACCGCUUUCCAACCUCCUGCUGAUCCAGCGGAGCUGCUAA